AUGGCGACAAGUAAGGGCGUGCUCUACCUCAACGAGGCCUUGCGGAGCCUGAGCCUAUCCUCACACACAUGCAGAGCAGCGACCUCGCUUCCUAUAUUAUCAGCGUCGAAAUUCACGCGGCCAAUAUCCUCGCAGGCUCCCCUCACUCCGACUAUUGGUAUCUCCCCUCCGACGGAGCCCAGACAAGAAACCACCACCACCAACUAUUGGAGACCAGUGCCGACCGUCCCCCUGACCAUCUUCGAGUUCCCUUCGUUCGAGCCGUGGCGGCUCGAGUCGUGGUCGUCGGAGCACCUGCACCUGCCGCUGCGGCGCGACAUCCUGCACCUGGCGGUGGUGUACGAGGGCGACAACACGCGGCAGGGCACGGCGAGCUCCAAGACGCGGUUCGACGUGGCCGGCUCGCACCGCAAGAUCCGGCCGCAGAAGGGCUCCGGCAACGCGCGUCUCGGCACGCGCCAGUCGCCCAUGCUGCGCGGCGGCGGCAAGGUCUUCGGCCCCAAGCCCCGCGACUUCGGCACCAAGAUGACCCGCAAGGCCUACGACCUCGCCUGGCGCACCGCCCUCAGCUACCGCUACCGCCGCGGCGAGCUCAUCGUCUGCCGCGACGGCAUGGACCUGCCCCUGCCGCCCCAGUUCGCCGCCCUCGUCGCCGCCGGCCAGCUCGACGACGAGCUGCAGACCAGCUUCCGCUCCAAGUGGGCGCGCCAGGUGCUCGACACCAACGACUGGGGCCGCCAAGCCGGCCGCAGCACCUUCAUCACCACGACGCGCCGCGACGACCUGUUCGACUCGCUCAGCCACGUGCCCACCUCGGGGCGCGCCCUCGAGGUCGACGACGUCGACGUCAAGGACCUCCUCGAGACGGGACGCCUGGUCGUCGAGCGGGCCGCGCUCCGGGAGAUGCUCGAGAGGCACCAGAGCGACCUCGUCAAGAAGGUGUUCACCAGCGCCGAGACGGUGUCGAUGACGCCCGAGUGCGGGGUAGUGCUGGUGGAGUAG